UUUAAGAUGAAGUCACAUUCAAAAGAAACACACAUUUUCACUGAAUAUUACAUCAGUCUUUCGAGAAACUAAAGCUACUCAACAUUAUCUCGAAUGAUUCUUAUCAUGUGUCAUAUGUAUCAAACUAGCAAGUCUUUUCAAAAGGUCAUAACUGUGUAUUCAGUUAAGUAUAAUUCGAUGCAAGAUGUUUUCCUUAAUUUUAUUCCAGUUGAUGUUACUGCAACUGCAUUGUAAUCAUCUUAUUUAAAUUAACUGUUUUGUUUUGUUUUUUUAAAUCAUCAAUGUAAGCAACCCUGUAUGAGUCUUUUUAUACUUGCUGCGGUCUUGUACCGUCCUAUCAUUCAAGUUUCGUCUUUGGGAGGAAGCGAGUGUGAAACCUCCAACCACAAUACAUUAGAAAGUUUGUGGUGAGAUUGUGUCCGUGCGUGAGCCUUGGUCAGAUAUGGGUUUUUAAUAGCUUGAUUUCUUAGAAGCGUAAUGUUGCAUUUAUUCCAUGAAGUCAUUUCAAAUGUAAUAUAUCAAUCUGUCUUUCUCUGGCAGAUCUAGUGGGGUUUUACGUCAUGUGACCUUUCCACACAACGACUCGUUCAUGUUACGUCAUUUUUCGGAUGUAGUUGAAAAGGAAGACAAACUAAAAAGUUGCGGUCUUUCCGCCAGGAGGUGGCGUCACUAACUCUUUGAAAGUUGAGUUGCAGCUUCUAGCCAAUGGCAGCUGCCCGUGGGUGUGACCUGCCGUCCGUGCCGCUCCUCUCCCGCAGUCAUGCUCGGGUUCCCGAGAAAGACGAGAGGAGACCGAGUCGCAGGGAGAACCGAGGGAGUUUAGAAGCCACAGUGGAUCAGAAGAACCAUGGAGGAGACAUAAAUCGAGCAGGAGAUACCGCGUCCCACCGGAGAUCGGAUGAGAAGAGCGACAGGAAAAAGAAGAUCAGCGGGGAAACAUGAGUCGGCAGCUGCAGCCACAGGGAGUGGUGUUAACGGGUUACCACAGCAACGCUGAGCUGUUGCCCCAAACUGGACCAUGCGGGUCCGAGCAGGAGCACAGUCGCCGAGCCGGCCACUAUACUCUCCAACAGAACCAGAGCAACCAUCACACCGACAGAUAUGCACCGUCUGCUACCACCAACAGCGCAAAGACGGCGAGCACAGAGUCACCACCUGUCACAAACUCCAGUACAACAUCGUACCCCAAGUCUCACCAAGGGUCCAGCCCCAAGCCGGGCUCCAGCCCGAGACACAGCCCCAAUGUCAGGCCCAGGACGAGGCCGCCAUGUCAGCGAAGCAACUCACAGGACUCCCUGGAUGAGCUGCAGAUGGACGACUAUUGGAAGGAGGUGGAGAACAUCACUCGCUCCGGAGAAGGAGCGGGGAGGGGGGACAGCGGAGGAGAGGGUGAUGUGCCUGAGGAAGAACAGCAGAAAAUUCCUGAGGAGGGCGAGCAGGAGGAGGCGUGGCUUGCGGAGGCGGGACUAGCACGCUUGGUCAACGAUUCAUUGGCUGCCGACCAGGAGCAGGAGGAGGACAGCGCCGCGUUUCUGUUCACUCUCACCAAAACUCAGGCGGCGGCGGUGGAACGUCGAGUCACUACACUGCAGCAGACGUUGCAACGGCGACAUAAUCGACAACAUAAUCACCCCGAUGUCAGAGAUAUAUUCCGACCACCUGAAAAGGUGAAGGAGCCCAGUAAACUCAAAGAGGGAAGUGAAAAUGGACCAAAUGCUGUCGGUCCUUCUGAACCAGAGACGGUCAUGAACAUGGAAGUAGCUUUUUCUGAGCAGGCGCUCAGUUACCGGGACAACUAUCAACGAUUAAUGGUCACCGCCUGUCCAAACUCACCAGAUGACAAACUGCCGAACUUUCGGCUGCUACGAGACAAAACUGGCCAGACCAGAAUUUGGGAUCUUUCCCCUCUGGAUAUGAAGAAGGUUCGGCGACUGGCUCUGGUGGAGAUGACGGCUCUGUUUGACACGAGUGGGAUCGACCUGAAGGCGCACAAACCUGCUAAAGUGAAGACCAAAGAAAGUGGCCUGUUCGGGGUUCCUCUGACCACUUUACUGGAUCAGGAUCAGAAGAGGGGGGCCGGAACUAAAGUGCCAUUAAUACUACAAAGGCUUAUCUCUCAUAUAGAGGAGGAAGGAUUAGAUACAGAGGGGUUACUUCGGAUCCCUGGGGUGGCCUCCAGAGUCAAGUCGCUGCGCCAGGAGCUUGAAACUUCCUUCUACGACGAGACGUUUCCAUGGAAACAGCUGAAACCACAUGAUGCCGCUAGUCUUCUGAAGCUGUUCAUCAGGGAGCUGCCGCAUCCACUGCUGACUGUCGAAUACCUCAACGCUUUCAUUGCGGUCAACAAACUUCCCACGAAGAAGCAGCAACUGCAGGCUCUGAGUCUGCUGGUGCUGCUGCUGCCCGAGGCCAAUCGGGACAGUUUAAAGGCUUUAGUGGAGUUUUUCCAGCACGUCAUUGAGCAUCAGACCCAAAACAAGAUGAGCCUCAACAACGUCUCUGUCAUUAUGGCCCCUAACAUCUUCAUGUUCAAGGCGUGUCGCUUAAAGGUCACCGAGCAGCAGGAGUUCUCCAUGGCGACCAGCACCGCCAACAUCGUCCGGCUUCUCAUCCGCUACCAGAAUCUUCUCUGGACUAUCCCCAAGUUCAUCCUGCUCCAGGUCCGACAGCAAAACAUGAAGCAAAGCAAAGAGAGGGCUGUGAGGAAGUUGCUGAAGAAGAUAACCACAGAAAAGCCCUCAGACAGACCCGCUGUUGAGCAGGAGAGUUCCCAAGGAAUCAUCCGUGUCCAGGCUCCACAGUUCAGUAAAGUGUCGAUGGCUGUUCAGCUGACGGAAGAGUUACAAGCCGCUGAUGUAUUAAUGCGCUUUGUCAGCCAAGAUAGCUCGGUGGCACUGAAGCGAGAAGAUUUGAAUCUCUAUGAGAUCGGAGGAAAUAUCAAGGAGAGAUGUUUGGAUGAGGAGACAUUUAUGAAAGAUCUUCACCAGCUGAACCCCACAGCAGAGUUCGUCAUCAGAUCUGUGCAGCGAUGAAGUCAGCGAUGCAUCAUCUCCUCCUGCUGGCCACUCCGUUGAAUCACCGCCGUGACCUUCCUCCAACAAUGGUGUCGCAUUACAACUUGGUUCCAGAGUUCAAUACAUCAGAGUGGAAGGAGAGUCGCAGCCAACGCCCAUCUGAACAAGCAAAAUAGCAGGCUGAAGACAUUCGAUAUUUUUGCCUUAUGGAUCUUUGUGAGGGCAGAAGCACCACUGAACAUGUCUCCUGUAUGCAUAUGUAGCAGCCUCGCCACUCCUUAUGUCCUCUGACCCCAUAGAUACUGCGAGACUUUGUGCCACUAACAUGUGGUUAUUUAACAUUAUACGCUCAAGACUCCACUAUAUAAGAGAUGUGUUGUUCAUCUCAUAUGCAAUCCAUGAAUUUCCUAUCAAAAUAAGGGAUAUGAAAGCACAAUAUUAUCAGUUCUCACACAUAUAUCAUCCAUCUUAAGGGAAAUGGUGACGCCAUGACCUGCUUGUAUAGAAGCGGUGAGCGUCACUGUCGAGGUGGUUGGUUUCCAUUUGAUAUCUAAAAGAUCAACUGCUCCAUAUUUCAAACCACCAGAGAACCAUGACCUUGUUGUUUGUAUAAAGCCUGGUUAUAUAAGCUCAUAUGGCUGGCGUCAAGCCUCACACACUUUGCACCAAAGACUUGACUGUACAAUAUUUUAUUUUUAAGACCCUAAUGCUGCAUCGAAAGUGUCCUUGUAAAGUGAUACACACUUGAUUCUUAUAAUGUCCGGCUGCUAUAAUUGUGUGCCCUUAUUUCUGUCUCCAAUAGACACAUGCACUGUCACAUUUGUUUUCAAUUCGUCCCCUUGCACUUCUUCCAAUCUUCAAUUCAGAAUCGUGACUGGUUGUCUUUGAAAGUUGUGUAUGGCCUUGUACUAUCCGGUACACUGUGAAUUAUUUGUGCAAAUGUUUAUGUGUUAAUUCUGCCUCCGAAAUGACCACUAUAA